AACAGAAACUUUCUUUCUUUCUUCUCCUAUCUUUCGGACCUCUUUUUUAAACUGAGCAUGAAUCAUCUUGAAUGAUUAUCCAUUAUAAAUGUCUGAAAUCUUUCUUCUUCUUUCCAUUUCUUGUCAACAUGGAUUACUCAAAGCAUAUCAGUGAACUCAGUAAAGCCAGAAACCCAUCAGCCAUUCGUGCCUUGAUGCCCUACAUGAAUCGCAAAGAUAUUAUUUCUCUUGGUGCUGGUCAACCCAAUCCCGCUACAUUUCCCUUUGCCAGUAUGUCUAUCACUUUAAAGACAGGAGAAACCAUUCAAAUUGAUGACGCUCUCUUUAGCCGUGCUUUAUCUUAUGAUAUGACUCCUGGUCAACCUCGCUUAAAUGAAUGGCUUUGUGAGCUUCAGCGUCUUGAACAUAAACCUCCUGUUGAUUUUGAUUUGACUAUUGGUGCAGGCUCUCAAGACCUUUUGGUCAAGGCCCUUGAAAUGAUGACUAAUCCCGGAGAAGCUCUUUUGGUCGAAAACCCUACUUAUACUGGUGCCUUGUCUUUCCUUGACACAAUUGACUGUACCUUGGCUGACGUUGCUACAGAUGAGUUUGGUAUUGUUCCUGAAUCUCUCGAGACUAUGCUUGCCAAUUGGCCUGAAAGUAACCCCAACGGAAGAAAAGAUCAAGCCCGUCCUCAUUGUCUCUACACAAUUCCCUCUGGUGGUAAUCCUACGGGUGUCACUGCCACCUUAGAACGUAAACAAGCUGUGUACAACAUUUGCUCCAAAUACGAUAUCAUGAUUUUAGAAGAUGAUCCUUACUACUAUCUGCAGUUUGACAAACAACGCACACCCUCUUAUCUUUCUUUAGAUGUUGAUGGUCGUGUCCUGCGUUGUGAUAGUAUGAGUAAGAUCUUGUCUUCUGGUCUUCGUAUUGGAUGGGCUACAGGUCCCAAGGUAUUGAUUGAACGUAUCAAUAUGCACACUAUGGUUACCAACUUACAACCUUCGGGUGUACCUCAAGCUAUGAUCUAUGGUCUUUUAGAGAAGUGGGGCUAUGAAGGCUUUUUUGACCAUGUCAGCCGUGUAUCUGACUUUUAUCGUGAAAAGCGGGAUCAAUUCUGUGAAUGUCUCGAACGUCGUAUGAAGGGUCGUGCUGAAUGGGCUAUUCCUACAGCUGGUAUGUUUGUUUGGCUCAAAUUGUUGGGUGGUAUUACAGAUUCCUAUGAUCUAGUCAUGAACAAGGUACUCAAAGAGAAUGUGUUGGCCAUUCCUGGUUUAGCAUUUAUGCCUCAAAAGAACAAGAAUUGUUAUGUUCGUGUUAGUUUUAGUAAUGUGUCUAAAGAAGAGAUGGAUGAAGCCUUGCGUCGUUUGGCUGUAGUCAUUGAUGCAGAAGCUGAAUCCAAUCAAAUCAAACAAUAAAUAAGAUUCCCCAUGUUCCAUUCAAUCGACUUAAAUGAAAAUACAGCCUCUUUUAAAAAUAUAUAUAUAUAUAUAUAUAUAUAUAU